AUGGCUAGAGCGAAGCAGCUUGUGCUAGACAGCCAAAAUAUUGUGGCCGACAUGUUAGAAGGUAUGGUAUUCUUACAUCCACAUCUAGUGCUCAUGCCAACCGAGCGUGUGCUGCUGCAUCGUGACUAUGAAAAUAUACGCGAGCAUCAAGUGACGCUUAUCUCUGGCGGUGGUAGUGGCCAUGAGCCAACACAUGCGGGAUAUAUCGGCGAAGGGAUGCUAACUGGUGUAGUUUGUGGUGAUGUCUUUGCCUCACCUUCAACGCAGCAGAUUUUAGCGGCUAUUCGAUUGGCUGCAGGCCCGCACGGAUGCUUAGUUAUAGUGAAGAAUUACACAGGAGACCGUUUAAACUUCGGCUUGGCAGUUGAGCAGGCCAAAGCCGAAGGCUUUAAGUGUGACAUGGUUGUGGUCGGAGAAGACGUGGCCGUACUUAAUGCCAACGCUGGACGCCGUGGACUUAGUGGCACCGUGAUUAUACAUAAAUUGGCUGGUGCCGCCGCACAUAUGGGAAAGGAUUUAGUGACCCUUGUAAAGAUGGUCAAUACUUUGAUUGGUGAGCGAAAAUUGGGUACUAUGGGGGUAGCUAUUAAACCCUGCACUUUGCCAGGUCAAAAGGAUGCUUCCAGGGAGUGGGAAGAUAAUUAUAUGGAAGUUGGACUGGGUAUUCAUGGAGAACCGGGGGUGAACAAGUGUGAACAACAAGAUGUUCCUUCACUCUGCCGAAUGUUAAUCGACAAGAUUACCGAGCACUCGGCGGUGGGACUGGGACUGCAGUCUGGAAGUAAAGCUGUACUCAUGGUCAAUAAUUUGGGUACUUUAACGAGUAUGGAGCUCUAUGUUGUGGCCAAGUACGCAGUAAAGGCGCUUCAAGCCAAGAAGAUUGAGAUCGAAAGAGCAAUAGUUGGACCCUUUAUGACAGCUUUAGACAUGACUGGCUUUUCGAUUUCGCUCUGGAAUUCGAAUGGUGAUGCUGAAAUGCUUGCGCUGUUUGAUGCACCCACCUCGGCGCCAGCAUGGACAAACUCGCUGUUUAAAAAGUCAAUCUCGGAAGUUACUGAUUCCCUGAUCUCUGUAAAAGCUACUGAGACUCAAAAGAAAUUUAAUCGCCCAACUGUUCUGUCAAGCGAAGGUUCACGUCUUGAGAAGUGCAUUGCUGCUGUCUGUACGACUUUGAUCGAGAACGAAUCACAAUUGACGCAUUGGGAUACUAAAGUUGGUGAUGGAGAUUGUGGCACCACAUUCAAGAAUGCUGCUGAAACUAUUAGAGCAGAAUUGAAGACCUUUUAUCCGCUAAAUGAUGCUGCACAAACGCUUCGUGCGCUUGCUAAUUCAGUAAGUCGUAGUGCUGGUGGUACUUCUGGCGUUUUGUACGUUAUUUUUCUCACUGCUGGAUCAGUUUAUCUUGAGUCCUGCAAGAAAAUAGACAUUACUGCAUGGUCUGGAGCCUUUCGCGCUGGUGUUUUUGCUGUGCAGAAGUAUGGAGGCGCAAAAGAAGGCUCGCGCACUAUGAUUGACGCUCUCGUUCCAUCAUUGAGAGCUCUUGAUUGUUCGACACUUCAAACUGGUGCUGAGUUGGCUAAAAUUGCAGCAUUGGCUGCACAAGAAGGAGCUGAUGCUACAGCUCAGAUCUCGACAAAGCAAGCGUUCGGUCGUGCUGGGUAUGUUGGUGAGGAGUUUGGUGUUGGAAUUCCUGACCCUGGAGCCAAGGCUGUUGCAUUCUGGAUUCAAGCUAUUGCAGACAGUCUGAACUCGUCUUGA